CCAGUCCCCAGUCCCCAGUCCCCAGUCCCCUUGGCCCGCUCACUGCCUGCCGGACCAGCAUCAACAUCAUGGCCCCCAUCAGAGUAGGCUUCAUCGGCUACGGCUUCUCGGUCAACUGCUUCCACCUGCCCUUUGUCCUGCCCAACCCGGACCUACAGGUCUACGCCUUCCUCCAACGCGCCGCGCCGCCAGCCGCCAGCGAUGCAUCUCAGACGAAGCCGCGCUGGGGCCACUGCACCGUCGACUUCCCGCUCGCCAAGCACUACCAGACGCCGGGUCCAUUUUUCGCCGACGACCAAAUCGAUCUCGUCGUCGUGUGCUCGCACGCGCACGACGAGCUGGUAGAGCAGGCACUGCGUGCCGGGAAGCAUGUCGUCGUCGAGAAGCCAUUUGUCACGUCCACUGCCGCAGCUGACAGAAUGACGACCCUGGCAAAGGAAAGGGGCAAGAUCCUGACCGUGUUUCACAACCGGAGAUUCGACAGCGACUUCCUCACGCUCGGCCACCUGGUCAAGAAUGACGCGCUCGGUGAAGUGCGCGAGGCCGAGAUCCACUUUGACUUGCCGACGCCGACGUGGAUUUCGGGCUGGACCAGGAAGGAAUACAGCCCCGGCGAGGGCAUGGCGUUUGGGCUCGGCACCCACACCAUCGACCAGGCCCUGGUCCUCUUUGGCCGCCCGUCCUCGGUGACUGCCUUUUUGCGGUCCAACCGCGGCGUUGAGAGCGAUGUCGAUGACACCUUCACCAUCAUCCUACAGUACGACCGCCAGAACCUAGUCGUGACAGUCAAGACGGCGAUUGUCUCCCACGUGAAGGACCAGCUCAAGUACCUUGUCCGCGGGACCAGGGGCUCUUAUCUCAAGUUUGGGUUUUGCCCCCAAGAGGAAAGGGCCAUCGCGGCGCCUGGGAAGCCGGCGACCGACGACUACGGGGUCGAGGACGAGCGCAUUUGGGGCACUCUGACGACAACGGCCGAGUUUGACGCGAGCCAGCGCUUUGACCCAGCGAGCAGGCUGUACAUCGGCAAGUACCCCAGCCUGCGCGGGUGGUGCCGCGGCUACUACGAGAAUGUCGUCGCGGCAAUCCGUGGCGAGCAAGAGGUCUGCGUCAAGCCCGAGACGGCCAGGGACGGGCUGAGGGUUAUUGAGCUCGCCCGGCUGUCGCAUGAGAGAGGCUGCACCAUUCCGUGGUCGGACAACGAGGUGUGAGUUGCGGCUGUUCUCAUCCUUCUGCUAAGAGCUGCAGAUGAAGAGAUUGAAUUGGAUUAUUUUGGAUUUCACCAUGAUCAACGCGAAUAAUCAUAAAUGCCUCCACUGAUUUUUGGUGCGGUCACCGCUGUGGACUGAUUUACGGCAGCGAGUCUGCGUGACGUUUGACACAUCUUG